ACGGAGCAGUUUAAGCCGUUGCCAUGGACGCGAUCAGCUGGGGGAGGGGAUGUCGCUGGGAGCUUACGCCGGGGUCCGCUGGGGUCCUGAAGACGCAGAGGGGACCCUGAGGGCGCAGCUGGAGGAGUCUUGAGAAAUCCCCUUGGAACCCCCCCCUCACCCCCCGAACCAUGAGCUGCCGCGGGGUGGAGGAACCCAGCGAGGGGGACCGGAGCCGCCAGGAUGCGGGGUCGUUGGGGACGGGGUCUAGGACCCCCCCGAUCUGCAGGAUUUGCUUCCAGGGGCCCGAACAGGGGCUGCUGCUGAGCCCAUGCCGCUGCGCGGGGUCGGUGCGCUUCUCGCACCAGCGCUGCCUGCUGCAGUGGACGAGCGAGCGCGGCUCGUGGAGCUGCGAGCUGUGCGGCAGCCGCUACCGAGCGCUGCCCGCGCGCCUCAAGGGGCCCCUGCAGUGGCGCGCCGUGUCUCUAUCGGUGGUGGAGCGCGUGCAGGUGUCGGCCGUGGUGCUGGGCGCGGUGUUCCUCUGCGCCAGCCUGGCGUGGCUGCUCUGGUCGGCGUUCAGCCCCGCCGCGCGCUGGCAGCGUAUGGACCCGCUGUUCCGCGUGUGCUACGCCAUGUACGCCUGCAUGGACCUCGUGUGCAUCGGCCUCAUUGUGCACGAGGGCCCGUCGGUACGCCGGGUGGUGCGCCGCUGGCUCGCCGUGAAUCAGCACUGGCGUCUGCUCGACUACGACAAGGCGCGUGCCGUGGAGGACGAGAACCCCAUUACGGGACCCCCCGCCCGGCCUCCGGCCCUCCCGGGCCCGAUCGGGGCCGUGCGAAGCCCCGAGGUCAGCGCGGUGGUCGGAUCGCCGUCCCGCGCGUCGCCGUGCGCUUUCGCCUGCGGUUGCCUCGGCGGACGCGUGUGCGGCCAGCACGGGCAGGAGGCGGAGGAGCGCGGUGCCACCACCACCACCUCAGAUGUGUGAUGGGACGGGCCUACGGCCGCCGAUUGUCGUCACUACUGUGACCGCUGCUGGAAUGUAUCUAUGCAAAUAAUCAUACACGUGGGACACGGAGCGGUGACAAUCAAAAGAGAAAGCCAAGACAGAAACUGCUGGCUCACGCAGCAAAAGGAACUUCACAUGGUGAACAGGAGCACUGUGACACGACAGAUGCGUUUUCGCAGGGGGACACGCGAACAUUCUUUGUUUCGCCUGUGGCUUAAGGUAUAAAUGAUGCAUACAUUCUUAAUGAUUGUCCAACACUUCCCCAUUCCUCUGGACUCCCCAUUGCGAAAUGUCCACUGCACCCAUUGAAUCUUCAUGGUGUUCAAACGAGGAAGUGGCAUUGGAAUUUAGCAAGGUCAGACUUCUCAUAAAACCCCAACAAAUUCCUCGUGCUCAGGCUACACGCAGGAACGCGGGCCAUUUUGGGUGAUGGUGGAGACCAAUUGCAUCUGGCGAAACGCACUUGACAGACGGCCAGCGUUUCAUUCGCCCGUAGACUGGUCUGUGUGCAGGGUGCUGUGAAGACCAACACUGAAACGCGAAACAACAAAUUGAAAAAUAACUGCAUUGCAAAUUGGUGAGUACAGCUCAUAAGACAAUCAAAUGCUAAUCCUCCCCUUAACCCUUACCAACUAUCCAACCAAACAUUAGAACCAGCCAGGGUUGGUUAUUGACAGGCACUGCAACACCGAUGCAUAAUAAUCAUUUGGUAUUUUACCCUAUAUUCCUAUAAUUCUAUACACAGGUUUAUAAAAAUAUAUAUAUGAGGACUAAACAAGGCGAGAUGGAGACGGCGCGCCAAAGGAGCAGUUUUGCCGGCCUACUCCAGCUAAAAUUGAGCACCCGUACCAGGACGACAGACGUGUACCCCACCCCAAAGCAACAAGCAGCGAGUCUUCCUCUACAUUUCAAUGACCUUACCCCACACAUUUACCUCUGGCACUUCUCUAGGCUCGGGGGUUCCUCCUUCAACUCUCUCGUUCGCUUUUCGGUUUCGUUGUUGACAGCGUCUUGGCCAGUAAUGAGUUCGGCCCCUCGGAAUGCCACUCACCCCUCCGACUCGACGCUUCUCACGAACGACUCAUCUAGCCAGGAACCGGUGCUGUGACUUGUCAGGAGGGGUCUGAUGCUGCUGCUAUGGUGAAAUUCUAAAGUUUUGUUUAGGAGUCAUCUUACAUUUUUCAGCUUGAGCCAAAUGAUUUCUAAUAUUUUACCACCGAUAGAAUGCUGCUGCUGCUACUCUUAAACGAUAAAUACAAUAAAGCUGGGUUGCUAUUUA